CACAAAAGCGGGAGGUGGUGGGGACCUACGCGCUCAUUGGUCUGUCGACGGCUUUAGGACGCCCUUUAGGGCGGGUUCUGCGUUCCAAGCCGCCCGCCACGGGCUGGCUAUCUCUUAGACCCCGCCUUCCGCCGCCUCCUCCGCCAACCCGAGCCGAGGACCGCGGCCGAGCCGCCCGCUACCGCGGGGGCUCGCGCCGGAAGGAAGCGACGACGCGCGAGUCCCAACGAGGUUAUAAAAGGAGAGGGGGUGCCUGGCGGCGGGCGGAAGUGGGCGUUUCGGCUCUGCGGCUCGGCUUUCGUUGGUCGGCUGUCCUCUGGGUUUGCGGGAGCUACCCGAGUCCUCGGUGACAGGGCCUCCUCCGUCCCUCCCUUGUCCUCGGCCUGCCCUAGCGACGGACGAUACGAGUGGGUUGAGCAUGGCGCGGGCGGCCAUCUCCGAGGUGUCCGAGUACUUAAGUCAAAAUCCACGGGUGGCCGCCUGGGUGGAGACGCUGCGUAGCGACGGCGAGACAGACAAGCACUGGCGCCAUAGACGCGAGUUUCUGCUUCGCAAUGCCGGAGACCUGGCCCCGACCGCCACCACCGAAGCCGCCUCGGUGGAAUGCGGGGACCGCCGUCGCCAGCUGCAGCAGCUCGUCUCCUCCUCUAUGGCCUGGGCCAACCAUAUUUUCUUGGGGUGCCGGUAUCCACCAAAAGUUAUGGAUAAAAUACUUAGUAUGGCUGAAGGCAUCAAAGUGACAGAUGCUCCAAUCCAUACAACAAGAGAUGAACUGGUUGCCAAGGUGAAGAAAAGAGGGAUAUCGAGUAGCAAUGAUGGGGUAGAAGAACCUUGCAAAAAACGGGCAGUUGAAGGAAAGAGCAGUUCUACUAGUAUUCAGGAUGCUUUGAAGACUUGUGGCAAAACAGAGCAGGCAUCACCAAAGCUGGAAGUCAAGGUGGGGGCAGUGCCAUCCAUUAGACCUGUGGGAAGUGGAGAAAAUAUAAAUCGGAGCUCUAGCAGCACUUUGGAAAGGGGGAGUGCACUUUCCCAAGAGGGGCUGGGAGUAAAGAAUAAAUCCACCAGUGAGCCAGCGCUUGAAAACUUUGGAAAGCAAAACACCACCUCCAAUACCAGCACUUCUCAGGCUAUAGCAUCAGCCCCUGAAAAGGUUUCAGAUAUAGAAACUUCAGAUAAACCUGCUACAAUACUAAUUUCUUCUGUGACAACAUCCAAUAUGAAUAGUGUUGGGAUCCAGUUAAUUGAUCCCAAACCACAAAAUGUAUCCCCUAAAAAAGUUAUUUCGGAGAGCACUUCAUCUUUGGGUUCUCGAAGUGCUUCAGAGACAGAACUGCCUCUGUUGAGUUCUCAUACCAGGUCAGAGACAAGUUUGCCAUUGUUGGGUUCCCCAACCAGCUCAGAAGUGGAGCUGCCACUGUUAUCCUCCAAACCUAGUUCAGAAUUACUUCCCCUGUUAGGUUCUAAAACCACUUCAGAUGGCAGCCCAUCACAGUCAACUUCCAAAACUAACUUGGAUUCAAGCAUUUCAUCUAAAAACAAUUCCUCAACCAGUGUGCAAAUUUUAACUCCCAAAAGCACCUCUUCAGCAAGCACUUUACUGCUGCCCUCUAAAAGCAGCUCCCAAGUAGCUGCCACACUGUUGGCUUCUAAAGGCAAUUCCCCAGCUACAUCACUGUUGUCUUCCAAAAGCAGCUCCCAGACAAGUAUAGCACUGUUGGCUCCCAAAAGUUCCUUGACAAGUGUAAACCAGCUAGCUUCUAAGAGUAGCUCUCAAACUAGCACAUCACAGUUACCUUCUAAAAGCAGUUUACAAUCAUGUGAGAGUUCUGUUAGGUUUUCUUGCAAAUUAACCACUGAAGAUGUAAAACAGAAGCAACCUUUUUUCAAUAGAUUGUAUAAAACUGUGGCAUGGAAGUUAGUGGCUGUUGGUGGUUUUAGUCCCAGUGUGAAUCAUGGGGAACUCCUAAAUGCAUCUGUGGAGGCUCUAAAAGCAACAUUAGACGUUUCUUUUGUUCCAUUAAAAGAACUGGCUGAUCUGCCUCAGAAUAAGAGUUCUCAAGAAAGUAUAGUGUGUGAAUUGAGGUGCAAGUCUGUUUAUUUGGGUACUGGCUGUGGAAAGAGUAAGGAAAAUGCCAAAGCAGUAGCAUCGAGAGAAGCUCUGAAGUUAUUUCUCAAGAAAAAAGUGGUGGUAAAGAUAUGUAAAAGAAAAUACAGAGGAAGUGAAAUAGAAGAUUUGGUGCUUCUUGAUGAAGAAUCAAGACCUACAAACUUACCUCCAGCUUUAAAACAUCCUCAGGAGCUACCAUAGCAUGUUUAAAAGGUCACUGCAUAAAGCUUAUAUAGUGUUUUAACAUUUGGACCGAAGUUUACUUUUGUACACUAAAAUAUUGGCUUUCAGACAUUUUGUAUUGCUUCCCUCCCCCCUAGUUUUGCAGAAAACCCAUGUUAUAGUUGUCUUCGCUUAGUAGCAGCAGUUAUAAAUAAUUUAUGAAUGAAUAACAGUAUUCAUUUAAAGGUAUGCCUUAACAUCAUAGCACACCAGAAUGCUGUUUACUUUGCUAAAGAGUGUACCCAUGUCUUCUCUUUUUAAUGGUACAAUAGGUAAGGUAUGCAGUUAAAUAUAGUCUUAAUACUUUUUGUAUUACUAAAACUUUGGUGAAAAUGUAUUAUGAGUUAUCUUGCUUUUUUUUUUUCUAAGCAGAAAAACAAGACAAAAAGACCUUUCAUGUGAAAGUAAUGGGGACCAGUGUUUAAAAAAUAGGUGUCUAAAAGGCCAAGAAACAUAUAGAGAGAUCUUAAAGAGAAUUCAUGUAAAAUAUGCCUAUUAGUAUGAAGUACUAUGAAGUACUUGAUAUUAUUUUACACUGAAAUUGUUGGUUAAUUCAGUAUAAUUUUUUACCUAUUCGAAUUCAUUAGGUUAAUUUACGUUCAAGGUAAAAUAUUUUUUCAGAAUGAAAAAAUGGGCUUUGUAUAUAAGCACAUUUGUGAUUGCUACUAUAAAAAUUUGAUUUGUUUAGAUAUUAAAUGCUAAAAACUAUUUUACCUUUUAAAGAAGUUUUGUGUUUUUCCCCUAGCCAAAAUUAAUUCCUUGGAAUGGUUUUUGUUUUUUUUUUUUUUAGGGUCAGUCACUGUAUUCACCUGGUUAUUUUCCAUAAUUAGUAUAUUCCUCUGGAUAGGCAAAGCAUAUUUGUCACGCCAAAUACUAGAUAAUUUGAUUUUUAUUUGUAAAUAAAUGUUUUAGAAGAGGAUGUUUGGAAGGAACUGAGUUAAAUGAUUUCAUGAGCUUGUUAAUUUCUUGUGAUCUAAAUUUUAUUUACUUUUGGUGUGGUAGUGAUUAAAUAGAAUCUUGUCAUGCCCCAAUAUCAAUUCAUUUUACUGUAUUGCUUAAUGUUCUUUGACUCUGAUUUACUGGACUAAUUCUUCAUUUUCUGCAUUUGGUGUACUUACCCUAAGUUUUGGUUACCUUAUCUUCUUCCUCAUUCUUUGACUCUUCCUCCUUUACUUCUUCCAGUGGUAUAAGACAUAUUGUUCAGUAACUUUAUAGGUUGGAAGAGAGAAAGGGAAAUCAACUAUCUUGCAGGUGCUUUUGACGCUUUAAAAGGAAUAUUACCUGACCAUAUAGUUUGCAGAGAAAUUUGGAAAUUAGAACUUAAGUUUUUGGAAGCCUUUACUGAUUUCUAAAGACUUUUAUGACAGUAUUUGUUUGGAAUUUAUAAAAGUUCUUUGAGAUAGAAUUUUUUUUUUUGGAAGAGAAAAGAAAUGCAGCUGUUGUGACUUGAAGUCUCAUCAAAUAACUGAGGAACAAAAACUAUUGGUCUCUUGACUCUAAAAUCAGUGAUCUGUCUGGCUGCCUUUUUAGAAUAUAUGGAAAUGUAACUUCUUUCUGUUGUACCUUAGAAAUAAUAGUCAAAGUUAUUCUCUAGGGAUUUUAGCAUUUAAGAUCUAAUUAUUAAUGAGGUUCUGCUUCAAAGAGUGACUUAGAUUUAUGAUUACAUUAGUGUGGAUACUCCCUCCAUUGGUGCAGAUUACCACAUCUUUCUACACCUUAAUAUGGAUGGUCUUUAUGCAAUAGCCAACCUGUUCUCAGAGGAGAAUUACCUUAAUCUCUUUAUGCUCUUGUCUCUUAAAGCCUUUUCCAUCUUGAUAUAGAAUUUGCAGCCUAUAACAGUUUAAUAACUGUUAUAAUAACUGUUAAUAAGAACCCCUCCCCCCCCCCCCCCCCCCCCCAAGAUCACUGCCAUUUCACAGUGCAGCAUCAGAGAAGAAAUUCAGUGGCGGUUUUAACUAACUGCUAAUUAUAAUUUGUGUUGUUAGAAUGACUUACUUGGAUAACUUAAGUAUCAGUAAUUUAUACAUAGUAUGGAAAUAGCUUUCAUUACUAUUUAUCUCAGGUCUCUUGGGAAGGAGAAGAAAGGAUGGGAGUGGGGUGGGGUAGGGGUAGUGACUACUCAGAAGUGUAGAUAACAAUUAUAAUUUACAGAAUUAAUUUCAAAGUAGGCUGACUACAAAUGUAUGGAAGGAACCCAUUCUGAGAUAGAAUAUCCAAAUACUUUUACUUUGUCUUUUUGUGAAAUGAAAUAGACAUUGAAAUAUGCUAGGUACAAGAAUUUCUUGGUAUAAAAUAUAUGCAAACUUUUUAAAAGUACCAUAUGAAAGGAAAGUUGCAAAUGGAAUAAUGAAAAUUAUAUCAUCAUGAAUGUUAGGAAAACAAAGUUGAUCAAACUAAAAUGGCUUCAAAACAGUCCUCCAAAAGGUAUGUAUGAUAAGGCAAACAAGACAAAUGUUUUUUAAAAAUUAACAUCAGCCCUAGAUUUGUAGAGCACUUAACCCAUUGCCUUGUGAGAUAGGAGGUGUAUAGUACAAGUAUCCCUGUUUUACAGGUGAGGAAUCUUGAGUCUCAGUUUGAGUCUUAAACCUCUCUCCCACCCCACCCCCCCAAAUCCUAACUUCAUGUCUAGUCCGCAUACAUCCAAGUGAGUGUUGUUCCUUCAAACUCUUCUUGAGAUUAUAUUUUACUUUAGUAAUGCUUGCAUUAUUAAGGACUUUUUUUGGAAUUGUUUUCAGAGUAUCUCAUUUUCAGUGGUGGCAAGUCUUCAUCCUCAGAAUGGGUUUGACUUUUGGAAAUAGCCAAGCCUGGCAAAUAAGGUGGGUAAUCAAGCUGAGUAAUAACAAUUUAAGUCAUAAAGCAAAGUAUGAGACAAAGUUGCAGAUAUGUCCUUGUGUGGCUCAUUUAUUUGCUCCAAAGGGGAUUCCAGAAUUGUUUGGUGGAACAGCAUCACUUGGAAUCUGAUGAGGUCUUUGAGAGCAACAAAUGCCCUUUUGGUAAACUUGGUCUGAAAACAUUACAGAUGGGAUGGAAUGAGUUAUUUGUUGACUAGACUUCCCAAAAUAAUUUAGCAUAAAGAACAACUAAUGGAUAUGUGCCUAAUAUAUUUUUUUAAAAUUUCAUUUCACAUUCACAUAUUAGAAUAGUCCGUCUUUUAUGUGCUUCCCUUCUAUUCCACCCUGUGUCCUUUACAGCGAAGUCCAGUUUAAAUUCAGUUGUUAUGUGAGUAUCUUUUUGAAAGUAAGUCCUUAGUAUCAACUUCUGCAUUGACACCAAAUUCUCUGCUGCCUGAGAUCAUUGCUAAGACAAUGCUACACUUUGACUAUACACUGUUGCUCAAAAUACUGCCUUGGUUAACAUUUUGAAAAAUUUUUUUAUUAUAAACUUAACUAUCAAUAACAAUGAGGGGAAAAUCACACAAACUCAUAAAAAAGCUUUAACAAAAUAACAUCUAAUUUGCCGUCUUCUUAUUUCUGUCUACUUAUUAGAUUAUGUUGUGUUAGUUUUUUCAGGAUCAAUGUCUGUGCAUAGUGUUGCAAUGUACAUGCAUAACAUUUCUUUUCAUAAUAAAGGAUUAACAUGGUAAA